CGCUGAGCGCAAGCAGCCCGCCUCCGCGUCGCGUGUCCGAGUGAACCAUGGCCGGCUUCGCGAGGCCCGGGAACGUACAAGUCGCGAGUGUGUGUGGCAAGGCGUAGCGCGCAGCCUGUCACUCCGCCAGCAGCCCAUGUCGCGGACGUCGCGCUGACCGCGGGCCCGCCCUGUGAUCCAGACAGCCAUCGCGCUUGAUUGCGAACGCGCGCGCGCUUGUGUGUCGUGUGAAUAAAGCCGUUGCAACCCCCGAAGCGACUGCGCGCCGCGUUUGAGUGCCAAUAGUGGUGUGCCAGUGUGGAUUACCCUGUGGAUUACCCCCAGUGGAAGUGGAUCGCCCCAGUGGAUUACUCGCCCCAGCGAAGAAGGCCUGCAACACCCCGAACCUAACCCCGUCGGCCGCGGUCGGCCGCCACCCCCACUCUGCCGUCGCGGACCGCCCUGCCCGGCCCUGCCACCCCACCCGCGCGGCACGCAGCAAAGACGGACGGGCAGGUCGCCGUUCCACUGUGAAUUUGUGGCCGACGAAACGCAAGGAUUGGCAACCAGUGGCGUGGCGUCGGAGUGCCGACGGCCGAGGAAGCCCCUCCGGCGUGGUGCUGUUGUUGUUGGUGGUGGCAGUGGCUGCCCUGGAGCUGGGCUUGGGGCUGGGGCGACCUCCCCAGUGUCGUCCGAUUCCUGCUGAUCGCGCUCGCAGCACACAUGCUGGGCGUUCUCAAGCGCAAAUGGAAGCCUAAAAGGGCGACAAGCAGCAACAGCCACCACCUCAACAACAACAACCAAAAUGGCCGAAUUGUGGAGGCGGCGGCCAGCGUGGAGGUCCGAGCCGUGCCGUCGGCAAGGCAAAUCCACCCCGUGUACGGCGAGAAGGCGCAGCUGCUGGCGUACGAGGCGGAGCACGACGCCCUGCUGCACCACCACGGCCACCACCUCCACGCCGCCGCCCCCCUGCCGCCUCCGCCCCCGCUGCCGCCACACGCCGCGCCGCCCCCAGCGCCGCCCUACCUCUCCAUCCCGCCCCCGGCCGGGCCGCCCCCGCCACUGCCGCCGGCCUACCCCCUGGCGCCCAACAUCUGCGUGGAGGGCGGACGCAUCGAGUUCAUCCGCCCCCCGCUAGAUGGCGCGGCCGUCGGCGCCGACGAGAAGCCCGCGUCGCCGACGUCGCCACCCCCGCACGGCGCGCUCCACCCGCACCAGGCGCCGCCGAUACCCCCGCACGGCCAGCACGGCCAGCCCGGCCACCGGCGGACGGGGAGUAGCGCCGGCACCGUGUCGCGCGCCCAGCAGACGCAGCCCCCGGAGGACGACGACGACGACGACGACCGGUCCGAGGAGAAGACCGACCUCGCCAAGGAGGGCCUGGAGCUGCGCGUGCUGGAGCUGGAGGCCCUGCUGGAGGCGGAGCGGCGGUGCUGCGCGCGGGAGCGCUCCGCAGUGCAGCGGCUGCAGCGGCAGCUGGGCAAGGCCGUGCGGCGCGAUGUUGACCGCGAGAGGUACCUGCGGCUGGACUCUGCGGCCGAGGCGGAGCAGUGCAAGGCGAGGCUCGCCGCCUUGCAGCGCGAUCUGGCCAGAAUGGAAGAGGCCCUACGGUGCAUGCUGCAGUACAAGACUCGAUGUUCGCAACUGAAGCAAGAUAAGGCGGCGCUCUCCGCGGCGUACGAGGCGCGGGUGCAACAGUGCCAGACGACGAUCGGCAAGCUGAGCCAGGAGAACGAGGCGCUCAAGAAGCAAGUCAAGACUUUGGAGGCGCAGCAGGGCGGCGGCGCGGUGCAGCAGGCCUUGCUGGAGAGGCUCCGCGCGGUGGAGUCGGACAACCGGCUGCUGUCGUCCGACGCGGAGCACCAGCGGCGGCAGUACGAGCGCUGCCUCGACGAUGUGGCCAACCAGGUGGUGCGGGCGCUGCUGUCUCAGAAGGGCCUGCGUGAGGAGAUCGGCGCCCUGCAGCAGCGCAUCCGGGAGCUGGAGACGCAGAACCGCGCGCUCACGACGCUCCUGGUGCAGCAGCUGCAGAUCGGGGACCAGGACUUGAAGCAGCAGCUGGGGGACGUGACGAGCCCGGAGCUCGGCGACGACAUGGUGACCCUGUCCAAGCCCCGCCUACGGCGGCCAGCAGGCCGGCACCGACCAUCGCCGUCGUGCGGCCAGCCCGCAGGCCUGUCAUGUGGGCACGGCGACGACCCCGCGGCCGCCAUCCUCGCCGCCGUGGCCAACAUCGACCCGGCGCUGUGGCUGCAGGUGGCGAGGCCGCAGUCGCUGCACCUGGCGCCGUCCCUGGAGGGCGCGCAGGAGUCCGCGGCCGGGGCGGCCGGCGCGGCGGACGACUCGACUGAUCUCAGCUGGCAGCAGGACGCGCCGCCAGCCUCGUCGGGGGCGGCCGGCGUGGCCAAGACCGGCGUGCCCGAGGCCGGCGUCGACGAGGCCGUGGUGGCCGCCGCCGUGGCCGUCGCCGUGGACGACGACCAGGACGGCAGCUCCAGCCCCGAGAGCAGCCCGGAGAGCGGCAACAGGGACGAGGGGUACUCCACCAUGUCGAGCGACGUGCAGGCCGAGCACUCCACCUCGUCGCUCAGGGCCAGCGAGCACACCGCGCUGCCGCCCGCCGGCCUCGGCCCCGGCACCGAGCUCGAGGACGUCAAGGAGGAGGCCGAGCUGGUGUGCGGCGCCGAGACCGCUGCGGACGCCGUCAGCGCCGAGGCCGGCGGCGGCCGGGUGCUGCUGCUGGACCUCAAGGCGCUGAGCGCGCGGCACAGCUUCCCGCCGGCACGGGAUCUGCAGGCCGUCCUGAGGAACAGCUUCUCCGACUCGCACCUGUGCCUGUCGCGGCUGCUGCACCACGCGGCGUCCUUCGCGUCCACCCCCGCGUCCUGCCCCGCCGCCGCCGCGCCGCCCGUGCUGCUGGUGGAGCUGGCGGACCGGCAGCACCCGCUGCGGCGCGCGCGCGCCACGCCCAGCCUGCUGCCGUCCGCGGCGCCGCUGCCGCUGCAGAUGGUGUGCGAGGCCGUGGCCGAGGAGGACGGCGAGCUCGGCGCCGACUGGUGGGACUCGGACUACGUGCAGCACUGGCUGCGGCUGGACGAGACGCGGUCCGCGCUGCAGCAGCGCCACCGUGAGGCGCUGGACCUGGAGCUGGAGUACGACCAGGCCGAGAUGGAGGACUGGAGCCUGUCACUGUCGUGCGACGACCUGGACCUGUCGUGGCGGCGGGGCGCGCCUGCGUCCUCGACGCCCGCACCAGCUCCCGCGGCAGAGGCGGCCACGGGCACGGCCUUGCCGAGCAUCCAGGAGAACAACUCGGUGGAGCUGGAGGAGGACGCGAGCGAGUGCCUGUGGAACGACGCCAGCUACCUGGAGACGGGCGUGGCGGGGGCGGGCGGCAGUUCGCGGGGCUGCGCGGCGCGGGCGGCGGGGGCGUCCCUGGGGGCGGGCUGGCCGUACGCGCUGCCGGACGCGCCCGACGCCAUGAUCUCCAGCCUGGCGGUGAACGCGGCCGGCUCUUCGCCCGGCGGCAGCUGGACGUCGUCGGCCGCGGCCUCGGACUGCUACGACUGCUGCCUCAACGGGUGCCACGGCGAGGACGCCGACCUGGGCUCCUCCAAGCGCUCCUCCGCGGCCCUGAGCGGCUGCAGCGACGAGAGCGCGGCGAGCGCCGCCACCAGCGCCGCCAGCAGGGAGUCCCCCACCGUGGGCACCGACUUCACGCGCGACUUCUACCGCCUCGUCAAGUUCGAGAGCACCAAGAGCCUCGCGUCCAACUCCUCGUCGCGGCACUCGCGGCAGCACGGCGACAACCUCAACAACAACAACAGCCUGCCCGCGCCCAUGGACCGCGAGCAGGCGCUGCAGAGCGUGCUCAAGUUCAUCGCCGAGCAGCAGAAGUACUGCCACUCGCGCGAGGAGCAGGACUCGGCCGAGCUCAGCAGCGGCUGCAGCAGGCCCGUGUCGUACACAUUCAGCGUGGAGGAGGAGCAGGCCGAGUCGCACGAGUCCCAGGGCGAGCCCCACGAGCCGCGCUCGCUGUCCGGCUACAGCGACGACCUGGAGGGGUCCGGCGAGGAGCCGCGGGGCGGGGACGCAGUCCUGGAGGCCCAGCAGAGCCAGGAACGCCUGUCGGUACUCGCGGACGCCCAGGAGCGCAUCGCCAUCAUGGAGACCACGGCCGUCCUGGCGGAUGACGUCAUCAUGGCGACGCUGCCCGCCGCGCCGGUGCUCCUGGCCACGGUGCUGGAGGACGAGGAGCUGGACACGACGUCGUGCGGGCGUGUGAGCGUCGGGGACCCGGCGUCGGCGUCCUCGUCCUCGGCGUCCGUGCCCUCGGUGCUGGUGUGCGACGCCAACGACAAGGCCGUCAGCUUCCACGAGAACGCCACCUCCAAGGACGUGAUCGACGAGCUGAACCGCCUCAUCAGGAAGGGGGAGGGCGAGGAGGCGGCCCUGCCGUCGGCCUUGCCGGCGUCCGGGACGGUGCAGCGGCCGCGGCCGCAGCAGGGCGUCGCCGUGGCCGCGCCCUCGUCGGUGGAAGCCGCCUCCAGCGUCGACGCCGGCGCCUUCUGCUGUCCGACCGGCUGGGUGCACGUGGAGCGCGACAUCGACUUCACCGACCCCAAGGCGCGGGCGAACCUCCUGGACGUGAUGCUGGCCUCCAGCGCCAGCUCGGGCUCCAUGAGCAGCAGCGGCAGCGAGAGUGGCGACGGCGAGGACCUCCCGAAGGACUACCGCCACCUGCACCGCCUGCAUCGGUUCCGGCGGCACAAGAAAGCCUCCGCCUUCCGGGAGCCGUUCGGAGUUCUCCGCUUCCCGUCGUCCAACCUCCGGCCCUCCAUCAUCGGCAGGGACGACUUCUUCGUGCGCUACGGCGACAAGGAGCGCGAGGCCAUCUCGAGCUUCGACUUCCUGGACGACAUGUCGACGGCGUCGCUGAGCUGCGCGUCCGGGGCGUCCUCCACGCUCGGGUCGAUGCAGAAGCUGGACGCCGUGCUGGACGAGCAGGGCGAGCGGGGCGAGGGAAGGACCACGCCCACCGCGGACACCGCGGAGGACAGCGACGAGCGGACGGGUGAGCAGCUGUCCAUCAGCGACUCGUGCGGGAACAGCCUGUCCGGAUCGAGGUCUAGUCUGGAGGAGCGGCCCGGGCCUGAGCCGGCCAUGUGAUAACGUGAUAACCCAAAGGCUAAUUCGACUGAGCGACUCCCGCGCCGUCGGGCUGUCGUUGCGUUGGAAACAACGUGUUUUCUGUUACUGGGAAUAUUAACCCAAAAUGCGUUUGCUGUGGUUCAGAAACCUUUCCGCAUUUUUUUAAUGUUUUAUUUCAAUAAUGUAGGCUUGGAAGACGGAAUCAUAUGUUAUUGUUUAAAUUAGCCCUCAUAGGGUUUGGAAGAGAUCUUGCAGCCUUUAUUUCUAAAUAUUGGAUAAUUAAUCAGCACUGCAUAAUUACAAUACACCAGUAGAAUGCCUCCAUCAAAUUUCAGUUGGAUUUCAGUGAUGUUUUAUUUCAUCAAGGUUCUUUUUCUUUUGACUGAAAUUGCUCAUCUGGUGGUUGAAAUUUUGAAUUUAUGUUCUCGCUUAUUCUGUGUUUCAAAUUUCAAUUUUAAAAGAAAAUAAUAUAAUAUUCCGUCAUGAAUAUGUGAUAUGUUUGUUUUAUAUUUUGUUGAAAUUGUUGUUUUAUCAUCUGAAUCAUCACCUUUUUGCAAUGUACCACUGCUGGAGAUGGUCUGAUCAAAAUUUUAAAAUUGCCUUCUGUGAGCACUUUACCAAGCUUAUGAAUUUUCAGUUACAUUUUAUUACAGUUGUAUUCUAUACACAGCUGCCUUCUUGUCACAUGUAAGAUUUGUGUUCAGGAGAUGGACGUUGUAGAAGAGAUGAUUUCAGAUAUCUGUUUUAUUGUUUUUUCUUUUUUUGUAUAUAAUACAUCUUUGUACAUUAUUUCAUACAAUAUUAAUAGUCUUAGUAAAUAUAAUAAACCUGUGAAUACUAUGAUUGUACUGUUUUAAAGUUGUCUAUAAUUAUAGAUGUGAUAAUUUGAUGAACCAAAAUAAGUUUAUGUGUAAGACUUAAUUUAUAAGUUGAUCUGAAAAUGGUUUAAAUUUUGUGGAAUCCUCCCAUUAUUAAUUAAUGAAGUACACACCUAAAAUCAGUUCUGUACAUUCAUACUUAUUUGUUCUAAUGUCAAUAUACGCAGAGGAAACAGGAAACAUUGUGUGAUAUGUGUUGUGCGCCGUAAAAAUGCAUUGGUUUCUACAUUGAUGGUGCGUUUUCGUAGUGCAAGGCCUAUAAUGCUAGAGGUGACCUCCUCUGUAGGGUACUAAAAAAGAACUAUGUGGGGUUGUUUUUUUCUUUUUUAAAAAAAAAGUAGCUCAAAGUUCUAACAAAGUUUUAAUUACAUCCAGGAGACCUGCUGCUGAAUGAAGGUGACAUUCAUGACACCUACUCAAAUGACACAAUGAACCACGGCACUGUAAAGGGUCCCCUUCAAUGAAAAUAAUCUUUUAAUUUUGUUCUUUGCUUCAUGUUUUAUUGUUAUUUCUUCGGUUAUUUAAUUUUAGCGGGCAUGGGCCGGGACGCGUCAUGGUACCCUUUUAGAACUAAUGAACUGUUUUCGUUUGCCACUGAAAACAACAUUUUCUCUCAUUUAGAUUAAGUAGAUUUGUCAAUUGUAUUUUGUAAUGAGGAUAUUUUGAAUUGAAUUGCAAAUAUAUCCCCUCUUUAACCUAA